UGGGGCCCCUUAAUCACAAUUAUGCCCCCCCGCCAACAGAAAAUUCCCAAUAAAGAUGACGUUAUUUCGUUUUGUUGGAGUGGAAGUCGGAUGAUAGUCGGAAGCUAAGGAUAAAAGCUCGCACUUGAAACGCCUUCCUUCUCUGCAAAUCAACUAAAUUCUCGACCUUGAAACGCCUUAAGAAAGGUGCGAUUUUUCUGGGGAUUUCGCUUUGCUGGGCACUGAAGCGAUCAAAAUGGGGGAGUCUGCUUGCCUUCGAAGGUCGUUCUCUCAUCCUUCCAAUGCUUCGGGUGAAGCGGCGCCGGGUGACCCGAUUCGCGCGCUCACGGAGUCUGUCUCGUUUGGAAGAUUUGUGUCCGAGUCGUUGGCUUGGGAAAAAUGGUCGGCCUUCUCUCACAAUCGUUACUUGGAGGAAGUCGAGAAGUUUUCAAAGCCAGGAUCCGUCGCGCAGAAGAAGGCUUAUUUUGAAGCACAUUACAAGAAAAAGGCUGCAACAUCACAGAUUGAGGAAGUGGGAGAACCAAACUUUGGUGUUCCCAGGCAGGAGGAUAUCCACACUCGAGGGGAUGAGUCCCCAGGGGAAUCAGAAUCGGCAGAAGCUGACACUGUUGAUGUCCACGAUGUGAAUCAGAAGAAAGAGAGCAUUGAAGCUAUGGUAGCUUCCUCUGGUGAUAAAAAUGAAUCGAAUCCGAUCAAUGAAAGAAGCAAAUUGGAGAUGGCAGAGGUUGCAAGUCCUGAGGAUGUAAAACGUGAGCUUGCUGAGAAGCACUUGUCUCCAUCUGAAGACCGCAGUCCCUUUGAUAAUCCAGAGUUCACUGCAAAAAGUAUGACUUCCCAAAAUAAAAAUGUGCCAGAUAAGGUACCCGUUGAUCAGCAGAUUUUAUCUACAUGUGAGAAAAAGCAAGCGCUUUCUUGCUCAAAGUCAUCGACACGAAGCAGAACGCCGAGAUUGCCGCCUCCCCAUACAAAGACAAUUACGUCAGUGCAACCAAGAGGUGUAAAUAAUGCUGAUUCAAGCAGUCAGACUCAGACGGUCAGAAGCUUGGUUAAGGAAAAUAGAUUAUCUUCAAAAUCUCUCCACAUGUCGAUCAGCUUUGCUUCACUUGGUGGUAGUAGCACUAAAUUGCGUUCUCCGCAGUUUCUACAAGUCAGGAAAAAUGAAGAGUGCACCGCUCCCCCGAAAAUCGAGAAAGAUAACUCUGUUGCUCGGAAAGCUCAAACUCAAGCAUGUUUAAGGAAGUCAGUGUGCUCUGCAAUUACUCCUGCAUCACAAGACAGGAGCAGCUCGAAAUGCUCAAGUAUAAACGGAAGCAAAGCUCGGCCGACAACUGUGUGCUCGCCUUUUAGCUUCAGGAGUGAAGAAAGAGCUGCAAAAAGAAAGGAGAAGCAGGAAGAGAAGAACACAGUUAUUAAGGCAGAAGUGCAGCCACUGCAAACACAUAAGUGCACUAGACCUCGACCAUCUAAACUCGAAAGUCAGCCAACUCCUGACAAAUGCCUAAACACAAGAUCUCGGCCUUCUCAACGUAUCAAGGUCAAUGCCGAGAGCUCCAAUAAUGUCAACCGUAAACUUAGCCAUAGUACUACCAAUCAUCGGACAUUUUUACCACAGAAGAACGCGCAAGAAAAUGCAUCUCCAAAUAUCCAGGUGUGAGCAGGUGAAACGGGAAUUACUCAAAAACUGCGUUCUUAUGGCGGUCAACACAGGUGAUUAAACCUCCCACAACCACCAGAUGUCUGAAAUUAUGCACAGUGAAACAAUCUUAGUCUUAUGUGAAGGAUCUAUAGCAUGUACUAGUGUAGAUUCUGCUACUUGUCAUGAGGCUAGCUUCAGCUUCAUAGAAAGGUGUUCUUUGUUCGGCUAUUAUGAAUAAAAGAAGUCUACUUCCCAACAGAACUUGGUGGAAAUAAAAGGAAGAGAAAAGA